UUGUAUGAACGAGAAAUGGCGGGAAGCAUACGUAAUUAUAUUUUGUCGUCUGCUGACAGGAGUGACACAAACGACCAUAAUAUCGAUACACUCACAUCGAACUAUGAAACAAUUGGUGGUGUACUCCUUUUGUUAUCUUUGGUUGUUCUGUUGGCAUUGUGUGUGGACACACCCGUCCAGCCCCAAGGGAAUCCUAUCCCUAACUGGGUAAUGUCUAUUGUCCCGGAUCCGGCUUUAGAUGUCGGAUUUACCGGAACCUCGGACGGAAUUAACGCAAUUAACCACAAUUGUGUCCACAGACACAGGAGAGGCGCAUUUGAAACUGACGGAGCUAAAUGGGGUGCACCACUAUCAAAGGGUAAACACGUGUUCGAAAUAUAUUGGCCUAGUCGCCUCCGAGGAACAAGUGCUACCGUCGGCGUCGGUAGCGAUGAUGCUCCAUUGUUUGUCAAACCAAAAGACUCCCUGGUCGGCUGCAAUAGUUUCUCGUGGGGUUUAGACAUUGCCAGGAAACGCCUAUUGCACAAGGGUGAAAUGCUUGGCACCAUGCCAAGAGGCGGAGUUGUUCCAGAUAAAUUCUACAUGUACGUUGAUUGUGACGGUGGCACUUUAGGAUUUGGCACAGAUCACGCCUACUGGGGCGCACCUAUAAAUAUUCCUCGAAAUAAAUUCCCAGUAUAUGCGAUGAUUGGUUCCGUGUGUGAAAACGCUCAGAUAACCAUGAUCUAUCGAGGCUCAGAAUGUAAAACCAUGCAGCCUGGGCAAAUCACUGCUGUUACCGUCCCCUCUAUGGCCCCGGGGGGUCAGGUUCACGUAGCUGUUGUGAAUCCCGGAACUAUGCAGAUUGCCGGAGCGUCGGGAUACGGGCAGCCAAUGCCCCCACCUUAUACCCCAGGGCAACAAGCACCGCCUUAUCAGCCUAAUGAGAAAGCUGGACCCCCUGCUGACGCCGUAGAACCAGCCAAAGAACCCGCACCAGAGGAGGACAAAUCAGAAACAUACGUGGCCCCAAUUCAAGUGUCGGGCACUUAAUCCAGUUGAAAUGGAGAGACUUUAGACCAAUAAAACAUCUUACACGAGAUAUACGUUCUAAAACAGAGAUUAUAAGCUUUUAUAAUUGCAUGUGUUUGACAUCUAAUUCAAAUGGUUUCUUUUUUGUCUACUGAAUGUGUACAAUAACAUUUUUAACCUAUCUAUAAUUAAUUAGUUUAUCAGAAAUACUUGAAAUUUACAAAAUGUCGGUGAUCUGCAGAACACUUUAGAUAAUGUUUAGUGAAAUUUUUAACUGAUAAUAUAUAGACAUAGCUUCCAAAAUGUUUUUGUAAGUUAAAGUUGAUUACAGUCACUGAAUUGCUGUUUUAACACUCGCACAUGUUGAAACCGAAGACGAUUUUCGUUAAAUAUAGCCCGUUUCAUUAGUUCAAAAACUGACAAUUUUCUCGGUGAUACAGACUAUACUUGGUCUAAGUCUCCAAAAAUAACUUUUUUUAAACUUGACAAUCGCUCAGGUGAUACAGAUGAGAUUUCUAUUUUUAGAAGCUCUAUGUGACGCUGAAGCUUAUAAAAUUCGACAUUUACGAAUUUUCGAUUUUUUUCUGAUUUUUUUUUAACUUUUUUUGUAAAUUAUCACUCUUUAAUCUGUUGUCGCACAAAGCCAACUGUGAUUCGAAAUGUUGUACAGUGUAUUGCAUUUAUUUUUUUUUAUUUAUUGUCGAGAUGUUGUGUUAUUUUUAUUACCAAAUGCAUUUUUUCUUUAUCUUUUAUAUGACAUUACAUAACUAUACAAUGUGAAGCAUAAUUGUUAAAGAAGUAAAUAAAUGUGUCAGAAAACAGAAAUUAGCUCUAAUCAGAGAA